AUGCAUUACGACCAACCGCCAGCCUACACUGAAACAACCUUGACGGCGGCUUCAUUAGUAGGCCCAGCUCUAGACCGCCCCUCCAGCUCACACUCAUCCACCGCCUCAAUACCGUCUGUAUCCAUCUCCCUCUCCAAUACUACUGCCACAGAAACCAGCCCAAAGGGUGGCGAUGCCUCCAGCUCUUUCGCCAUGCUCUCACUCGGCGACUCGGACAAACUCCGCUUCAUUAGGUUUCCUGACCAUCUAAUAGUGAUCGCGUCCGAAGUGAUUACCAGGUUAUGGCCAAAGGGAAUCCAGAAGACGCAGAAUUUCGACGAGAGUGUGCAAUUCAAACUGAAGGGAAAUCCACUCGGAUACAGCUUUGACGGCGAAAAGGCCGCCAUCAGGGUGACGAUUAUGGGUCUUUUGAACGCGUUCGCGAAGGAGGGCUGGGUUGUGCUUCCGGCUGGUAAGGUGGGUAAAAUGGGUCGGGGCGAUUCUCAGAGUUAUGGGCAGGGUGACAGCCUAGUCUUCCAUCGGCAACACCCGGAAUCACGCUCAUGGCUCUGCGUCUCGUUCGACUCAGCCGAUCUCUUGCACCUGCUUAAUGCGCCUGCCGAGCUUACAACCUUAUUACUGGCCUCUUUUGGCGACCGUAUCGAGAAAUGCAACAAAGACUUCGUCUCGGGAAACUUCGAGCUCAAGUUCAAGGGGAGCCCGUGGACAAAGACCGGCGCCAAGGGCGCAGUGCAGUGCCGACUGAUCUUGCUGGACCUCAUGCAGUGCUUCGAGGAGCAUGGUUAUACCAUGUGCACAGCGUUGGAUAUAGAUGGAGGCCUCGGCGGGACUGAGUACAAGAGCAAUGGGGAGGCGUGGUUUUGGUAUCGAUAG